AAUCUAUUGGUUAUACACGCUUUACAAUAUAUCAAAAGUUUUUGUAUCUGACAGUGCCCAUUUAAGUUUACACCGUUGAUCGUGCAGAAUCAGGAAUGUAAUAAUUUAAUGUUUGGACAUAAACGCCUAUUAUAGUUGGCCAUCAGGAGAUGCUUACAAUGCUAUUGCAUUACAUUGAUCUAUGUUCUCUGUGCUCGAUUGCCAGGAAAGACACCAAGGGACAGAUUCAGAUUGACUGCUAGCUUAAUCCCAACAUGAGCCAGUGGGAGGCGAUCUUGAGGUUAACUGGUGUAUUCCAAGAGCAAGCCUUUGCGGUGUACAGCCAAGACGUUCUUCCAGUGGAGGUGCGACAGUACCUAGCUACAUGGAUUGAAUCACAAAACUGGAAGCUGGCAGCAAGAGAUCCGUCUUUGGCCAAUGUUUUGUUCCAGAAUCUCUUUGAACAUCUAGACAUCCAGUACGUUCGGUUUACAGAGUCUCAUGAACUGGUGGAGGCAAAUAGCAUCCGUAACUUCAAGUUAAAAGUACAGAGUAAGUACCAGGAAAAUCCACAGAAACUUGCAGAACUGAUCCGUGAACUUCUACAACUGGAGAAGCAGAUUCUUAUAGAAUACCAACAUGCAGAGACACACAACAAAGCACAAGAGCAGCUACUUCCAAUGGAGACAGAACAGCAAAAUAAAACAGAGCAGCGCGUUAAUGAAGCAAAAGAACGGGUUGCGGUUAUUUAUCAAGAAGUUAAGUUUUUGGAAGAACAGCAGGAAAUAUUCGACUUUAGAUAUAAGACUUACAAAGCGCAAAUUACUGCACGCCCUACAGAUCCAAGCCUCAAGAAAAAGAAUGAAGAGCUUCAAUUGCAGUUGAAUGAGCUGGACAAAAAACGCAAGGAAAUACUUGACCUGGUAAAACAACUCCUAGGACUGUGCGAGACCCUUCUUGGUUUUCUACAGCAAGAAUUGUCGGCUUGGCUUCAGAGGCAAAGAUUAUCCUGUAUUGGAGCUUCCACAAACACUUGUCUCAAGGAGCUUGAAAGCUGGGUGACAAAGACAGUGGAAGUGUUUUUCCAGUUGAAGCGUAUCCUGCGUAAUCUUAGUGAACUUUCAGCGCAAGUAUCUUAUGAAGGCGACCCCCUGAAAACUGACCCUCCAGAACUACAGAAAAGACUGCUUGAAAUGCUCUUGUGUCUUCUACAGAGGUCAUUUGUUGUACAUAAGCAACCGAUCAUGAUCUUUCCAUGCAAGAAACAUUUGGUGCUGAAAACCAGUACACAAUUCUCUCUGGCGGCAAGAUUUCUUGUGAAUUUAAAGGGACUUGGAAACAUGAAGGUCUCUUAUUCAAUAGAUAAGAAUCCUCCAGACAUCAAAGGCUAUCGCAGGUUUAAUUUGCUCGGUCCUCAAGACAAGAGCUUGGAAUAUACACAGGAUGAGGGUCUGGCAGUAGAGUAUAAACAUUUGACACUAAAAGAGCAAAGAGCUGGAGGAGGGAAAGGAAAUAAAGGUGCAAAUGAUGGCUCGCUGAGUGUCAUGGAAGAGCUUCACAUCAUCACCUUGAAGACUGAGUUUAAAUAUGAGGGAGAGAAGUUGAACAUAGAGGCUACUACUUUACCUUUUGUUGUGAUCUCCAACAUAUCUCAGUUUGUACGAGCAGUGGCAUCCAUAUUGUGGUUCAACCUGCUCAGCACUAACCCCAAGGAUGUAACUUUUUUCUCCAAUCCUCCAGCCGCUCAUUGGAGUUUAAUAGCAAAUGCUCUUAGUUGGCAAUUCUCAUGCUGCACAAAACGAGGUCUGAAUGCAGACCAGCUGCAAAUGCUAGGAAAGAAGCUUUGCGGGUCAAUACCAAAUGAAGACAGCGUUGUGACCUGGCGUCAGUUUUCAAAGGAAAGUAUGCCUAGAGUUUCCUUCAACUUUUGGGAAUGGUUUGAUGCAAUCUUGUGUCUGGUGAAAGCACACCUGGAGAGGAUUUGGAACGAUGGGUAUGUGAUGGGAUUUGUGAGUCGGAGUACAGAGAAAGAGCUUCUGAGGACCAAGCAGCAGGGUACUUUCCUCCUCCGCUUCAGUGAAAGCAUGCGCGAUGGAGGGAUUACAUGUUCCUGGGUGGACCAUAAUCCUGAUGGGACAUAUGAAGUCCGAUCUGUUGAGCCUUUCACCAAAAAAGAGUUGUCCAGCAUCCCCCUUACGGAGAUCAUCCGGAACUACCAACUUCUAACUGAUGAGAACAUUCCAGAAAACCCACUGAAAUUUCUGUAUCCCAAUAAACCUAAGGAUGAAGCUUUUGGGAAGUAUUACGAGCAGAAAUAUGAAGUAAACUUGGAAUACCAAAGGUACAUGACACGCAUGCUGAUCAUGGUUUCUGAAAGGAAUGUAGAUGACUCACAGAGCAGUAUUGCUUCAGGAACACCCCAGCAUUUUUCAGAAUCUUUACAAUAUGGCAAUGAAAUGAAUCUGAAUGUCCAAGCUGAAUAUUCUCAAAAUGUAACAGACCUGGAAGACCCAAUUAAUGGGAUGACAAUGGAAGAGCUUCUUAUAAAUCCAGGCAAUGAUCCAAUGUUUUCGGAUCAGUUAACAAGUCUUACUGAAGGGUCCCUGGAAUCUUUCAACAAUUUUCUUUGACCACAACAGAAACAUUUGCAGAAUUUGUAUAAUGUACAGAAUCAUGGAAGAAAAAGGGUUGAUGAAAUUCAAAGAAAUAUUUUGUAUUCAGUGAUACGCCACCGGGAAGAAGUGCAAGUGCCAGCCUAAAUUUCCACUAAGAAGCUCAAAACCCAUUUAAGGAUAUUUCUUUAUAUUACAUAAUAACUACAGUCCUAUUGUGUUAGUGACAGUUGUUUUAUGUAAGGUGAUGUAGGUAUGGAGAUAUUCUCUCAUAAAUGCAAUUUCUCUAUAGGAAAUUACUUCUGCACGUAUGCAGUGUGUUAUAGCAUGAUUUUUUUUAUUGUGUUUAAUUCAUACUGAAUCUUAUCCAUUUUAUGCCUUCAUUAUAACUUGGCAGCUUUGUUAUGGCUCUGUACAAAACCACAAUGUUCAUGAGUCCAAAGGAAUUUACCUUUUACUAAAGGCUUUGAAAAAUAACAUUCACUUUGUUUUCAAUAAAUGAGCUGACAAAACACAUGGUAUAGGGCUUUGAUACAUGGGUCUUUACAGAGGAAGAGGAUCUACUUCAGUAAAGACAAAUAAGUCACAGGGGCCUGAUGGGAUACACCCAAAGUUAUUGAAAGAGGUUAGCCGUGUAUUAGCAAAACUGUAAUCAGAUUUAUUUAACCAAUCAUUGGUAACAGGAAUCAUCCUAGAAGAUUGUAAUUAGGAAAUGUUGUGCCUAUUCACAAGAAAGGUAGUAGAGAGGAAUCGGGCAACUAUAGGCCAGUAAGCCUGACAUCAAUGGUGGGAAAAUGAAUGGAAACCCUACUAAAGGAUAGGAUUGUGGAACAUCUAAAAUCCCAUAGAUUGCAAAAUGAGAAACAACAGAGGGCUGUAGUCAAUGGAGAAUAUUAAGACCAAGGUCUUAUUACCAGUGGGGUACCUCAGGAAUCUGUAAAGGGACCAAUUUUGUUUAAUAUCUUAAUUAGUGACCUUACGAAUUGAAAGGUAUUGGUCUUUUUUCUGGAGACAAACAUUUGUAACAGAUUUCAUUUCCUGGAAGCAUAUUCCAAAUGGAAAAGGAUUUAGGGAAACUAGAAGAAUGGUCAGAACUCUGGCAACAGACAUUGAAUGUGGAUAAGUUCAAGAUAAUGCACCUGGGGCGUAAAAACCCAAGGGCAGAAUAUAAAAUACAAUGGUCCCUCAGUUUACAAUAUUUAAUUCUAUUAUGACCAUCGUAAGUUUAGACCAUAACUCUAUGAAAACCAGGUAAUUGGUUCUGAAACCCCAAAAUAUCAUCCAAAAAUAGGAAAAUGUGAGGAUUAAAGAAAAAUAAACCGAUAACUAGUACAGAUAAAACAAGUCCUUACAUAUAAAAGUAAUUAAGAGCUACUGGAAGCUGUAAAUCACUGUCUAUGUAGAGGACAGGAGCUUCUUCAGGGUUCUGUACAGUACACACAGUGUCCCAAAAACUAAAAUGGUGCCGCCCUUACCAAGUGUCCGAAAGAGCAGCUAACCAUGGCACAGGUAAAGAGUAGUACAAUACAUGUAGUACCUCCCUGUACUGUAGGGGGCGCUACCAGACAGCCAGUCAGUGCAGGCACUUCAGUUAUACAGGGGUUUUAUUAGUGAAAUGCCCAUUCUGAUUGGUUAGUUCUUCUGGCCAUUGACUCGUUUUGCAGAUCUGGACUGUCCAUAGUAUUGUAUGUUGAGUCUAGCUUCACGUUACAAUGCUCCGGACAAAAACAUUGUAUGUUGAAAAUAUUGUAACCUGAGGCCAUUGUAAGUUGAGGGAUCACUGUAUUUGAUACAGUCCUAACCUCAAUAUCAAAUAAUGACCCCUAAACCACAAGGAUUUAGAGGUCAUUAUUUCAGAAGGCUUAAAGGGGUACUCAAUUGUAGAACCUUUUUUGAACCAUCAACCCCCGUCUGCUGACAUAUAAAACAACAACCUGGACUUACCUGCCGCCAAUACCAUUUUGCACUGAUAUCCCACCUCCAGUCCAGGUUGUUGUUUUAUAUGUCAGCAGCUCAGCGAUGAUGUUUUACAAAGGUUCUAAACAGGAGUACCCUUUUAAUGAAGGAAUAGAAAAACAAAGCUGUCUUUUUCAAAAAACAGCACAACUACUGUCCACAGGUUGGUGUUACAAUUAACCUAUAUUCACUUAAAUGGAACUGAGCUGCAAUUAUAGCCAAGAAUAGCCCUGUAUGCCGCUCCACACUACUGUAGGCAGUUCUAUACUAUCUGACAGAAAGAAUAAUCCUUCAGUAGAUAGAACUGUCUACAGUAGACUUUCCGGCAGAGCUACACAUCAGCAGAUUAUGGAUCAGAGGUAAAAUGACCAUAUAUAUAUAUAUAUAUAUAUAUAUAUAUAUGACACGGAUCAAAGCUUAGAAACGACUUUUGCUUUUAGACCAAUUUGUAAACUGGCAUAAACAUUAUUAAUAUUGUUACAGUGAAUGUUCUAGUUACAGAAUACUGUGUUUAUUGUCAUCCAGAAGCUAAAUAUACUGCACUGAAUGGUUAUACAUAAAAUAAACUGUUAAAAAAGCUUCCUUUAUGCUGCUGAUUGUUUACCUGUCCAAUGUUCUGACUUGUGUAGAUCCUGUACAGAAUGCUAAGAGUCGUGUUGUUCUUGUAAAUAAAGUGAACAGAUUUAGUGUAGACACAGUACAUCACAGUUCUAGAAAGAAUCUAUUAUUGGAAGGGGGUAUGUUUACACUGAGAAAUUGAUGAGGAAAAUGUCUUUGCUUAAUUCCUCUUGGUAUUCGCACCUUUCUUCUCCAUAGUAAAUAGAGCUGAAAUGAUGUGUAAUCGGCAAAGUAAAAGUGACAUAUUGGUAAGCUAUAGUUAUCCUAUAUACUUACAGUCCAACUGGUCCAUUGGAUGCAGUCCUGCACUACUUUGUCCUCUUGUUGCCCUGUCGGACCACCAAGCCGUUAUGUGGAGCCAAGGUCUCCUCUGAUUGCCACAUGGCCCCACGGCACUGCUGAGAGGUCGCUUUAAAGAAAAAAAAAAAAGGAAUUUUCCUUGCGGAUUUUGCCAAAAGGAGGAACAUGUACGUUCUUUUCGCUGACAUUUUGCAGGGUGAAUGAGCCAGCAAUAGGCACAUUCACAACAAUGUAAAUGUUCGUUCAACAGCGUUCCUGAGCCCAGAGUUCCUGGGAUAGGGUGUCCAGUAUGCUUCUGUUCAGUAGGACUUUCCUGCUGUCUGUCAACGAGUGCUAUCCUACCUUUAAUUUAUUGAUCAUUGUUUGUGUUUCCUGUUAUAGUUUCUAAGGUUAUCCAGCUAUUAUAAAUGUAUCCCCUCUCUCCAGAACAGGGCCCAACUCUCCUCACUGAACCCUACGGCUCCCACUUUCUGAGACUUUCAUGUCUCAGCCAAUUACCGGACCCAAUUGUGUCCCGCCUCAGUUGGUGAUUGGCUGAGUGGGCCAUCACUGCUGAGAUGAGGAUGAUUUAAUAGGUAGAAUCCAGAGGGUUCAUUGGGGACAGUCAGGCCAUGUCCUGUGGAUAGGGAAAAUGUUUUUAAUAGCUGGGUCAUGGCUUAUUUACUUCCAGAUGUUCAUUCAGGGAUGUUAGUGGUGAUGUCAUUGCAGCAUUAUGCAAAUCUAGACUAGGAAAAUUGAAAGGACAACUAUCAUAUUAACAACCUUCUGACAUGUCACUGACGCAUCAGAUGUGACUGUUGGGGUCUGAGUCCUGAGACACCCACCGAUCAUUAGAACAAAGGGUAAAGCGCUCAGUUGAGUUCUGUACCUGUUCAUUUCUCUUUCUAUGAAUCUGUUCAGCAAUUUGAGCAGAGCGAAGCAGACAUGAAGUGUCACGGUGCACAAAUGAAUACGUUUGCCCUCAUGUUGUAGUGAUCAUUAGCAGUCUCAGCACCCACAUGACCUCCACCAGUCAAAAUGUUUCCAGUCACUAUGACAUUUUAAACUUUUGUAGACUCAAUCUUGUAAAGUUAAACUGAUGUAUGGGAUAACUUUUUAUUGUAAAAUAUUUGAGCAAAAUUAUAUGAAAAAAGGUUAACAAUUUAAAAUGCAAACAUUUUAUUUUAUAGAUUGUUAUCUUAAAUAAAAAUAUACAUGUAAAAAUCAA